GCCAUGGCUCUUAUUUGCUCUGCUUCUAAUCAUGUCUUAUUACAGAGCAUGCUUCUCCAUAGCUGCUGAUACCCUUUCUCCAGGUCACUCUCUUUCUCUUUCAAAGAGAGAGACCAUAGUAUCUAAAGGUGGCACUUUUGAGCUCGGGUUCUUCAAACCAGGAACUUCAUUAAAAAUCUACCUGGGCAUAUGGUAUAAAAGGUUUGGCCAGAAGGACAAUACUGUUUGGGUAGCAAAUAGAGAAAACCCUUUGUCUCACCCAUCUUCCUCAAUCCUAAUCCUCUCAGAAGAUGGCAAUCUACUCCUGUUUCAAGGCUCCUCCAAAAUCCCAGUUUGGUCGACAAAUUUGACAUUUCCCGGAUCAAAUUUAACAGAAGCAGUACUUGGUGAUGAUGGGAAUUUUGUUUUAAGAGAUAGGUGGAAUGCGUCCUCUAUAUUUUGGCAGAGUUUCGACCAUCCAACCAAUAUAUUGCUGCCAGGUGCGAAGCUUGGGGUCGAUAAGGUUACUGGAAAACCACAGCAGCUCAGUUCAUGGAAAAAUUCAGAAGAUCCAUCACCUGGUGUGUUCUCGUUUGGGUUAGACCCAAAUGGAAGCAGUCAAAUUUGCUUAGAAUGGAACAAAACCCAAAUCUAUUGGAGUUCUGGACUUUGGAAUGGAACUUCUUCCAGCUUUGCCUUUAUUCCUGAGAUGGGAUUGAAUCAUAUCUACAACUUCAGUUUUGUGUCAAAUGAAAAUGGAAGGUAUUUUACUUAUUCUCAUUAUAAUCCUUCCCACCGUUCUAAAUAUGUGAUGGACUCUACAGGACAUAUCCAGCUAUGGUCGUGGCUGUCUGGCCCUUUGGCAUUUGCUAGAUUUUGGUCUCAACCGGCGGCAGAGCUAUCAGUCUAUGCUUUGUGUGGUGCUUUUGGCGUGUAUCGUGAGAAUUUCUCGAGCCCCUGUGAAUGUCUUAAAGGUUUUGAACCAUUUUCGAUGGAAGACACCAGACUAAAUGAUUGGUCAGGUGGGUGUGUGAGGAAAUCCCCUUUGCAAUGUGAGAAUAAUACGUAUGCUAAUGGCACAAAAGAUUGGUUCCUGAAAAUAUCAAUCAUGCAAUUGCCUGUUUAUUCGAAAACAUAUUUGGCCAUGAAUGCUAGCAGAUGUGAAUUGGAUUGCAUGGGAAAUUGUUCUUGCACAGCUUAUGCUUAUAAUAGGAGUGGGUGUAUGGUAUGGGAAGGAGCUCUUUUGAACUUGCAGCAACUCUCAUAUGGUGGUGAAGUUGGACAAGAAAUCUAUCUCAAACUUGCUGCUGAUGAGCAUCUAGAUCCAAGUACCAAAGGCAAGAUGAGUGAAAUGAAAAAUCAAACUGAAGAGAGCCCUUCAAGUAAUAAUUUACUAUUAUUUGACUUCGAUAUUGAACUCCAUGCGAUCAAUGAUGGAAUGAACACACACAGUAAUUUGGAGAAAAUAGAGAAGAAGGAUGCUGAGUUACCACUAUUUAGUUAUGAGAGUGUAUCAACUGCAACUAAUAAUUUCUCAGUUGCUAAUAAGCUUGGAGAAGGAGGUUUUGGACCAGUCUACAAGGGAAAAUCACUUAAGGGGCAGGAAAUUGCUGUAAAGAUGCUUUCAAAAAUAUCUGGACAGGGGCUUGUGGAGUUCAGAAAUGAGACAAUACUAAUUGCCAAACUCCAACAUAGAAAUCUUGUUAGAAUCAUGGGUUGUUGUAUUGAGAGAGAUGAAAAAAUGUUAAUAUAUGAGUAUAUGCCGAAUAAAAGUUUGGAUUUGUACCUUUUUGAUCAAACCAAAAAAAAGAUGUUAGAUUGGGGGACACGCAUACGCAUUAUUGAAGGGAUUGCUCAAGGGCUUCUUUAUCUUCAUCAAUAUUCAAGGUUAAGAAUCAUACAUAGAGAUCUAAAACCCAGUAACAUUCUACUGGAUAGUGAAAUGAAUCCCAAAAUAUCAGAUUUUGGGAUGGCUCGGAUAGUUGGAGACAAUGAAACACAAACAACACAUCGAAUUGUCGGAACUUAUGGCUAUAUGUCUCCUGAAUAUGCUAUGGAGGGCUUGUACUCGAUAAAGUCUGAUGUGUUUAGCUUUGGAGUAUUGGUACUAGAGAUUAUGAGUGGCAGGAAGAACACUGGCUUCUAUAACGAGUCACUCAAUCUUGUUAGAUACGCUUGGGAAUUGUGGAGAGAUGAUCAAAGUUUGGACUUGAUGGAGCCAACAAUAGGAUAUCCUACUUCAACUUCGAUUGUAUUGAGAUUCAUUAACAUUGGCCUUCUUUGUGUCCAAGAAAGCCCGACUGAUCGACCUACCAUGCCUGAUGUAAUCUCAAUGAUUAGUAAUGAACAUGCACCUCUACCUACACCCAAGAAACCUGCUUUUACUAGAGGUCGGAAUGUGAUGGACACAGAUUCAACAAUUGACAGUACUACAGGAAAUUGCUCAAAGAAUAAUAUAACUAUUUCAACAAUGGAAGCCCGAUGA